AUGGAACAUAAUCAAACCCACAUUAAAGUUUUUCUCAUCUUAAUUUCCUUAUUUGGUCUAUUCACUUGCACUACAUGUAGUACACAGUGGUAUCAUGAAGAGAAGUAUCCCUCUCCAGGAGACUGGUUAAACCACGGGGGUAACAUAUACAACCGAAGAUAUGCUGAAGGCGAAACCAAGAUUAGCCCGUCUACUGCUCCUAAGUUGCGUCUCAAGUGGGAGUUCUACGCAGGGGACGAUGUAUCAGCAACACCAGCAAUCUACAAAGGGAUAGUCUAUUUCCCUAGCUGGAAUGGCUAUCUUUAUGCAGUAAAAGCUUCUGAUGGCUCUCUUGUGUGGAAAAAGAAUCUGCAAAAGCUAACUGGACUUAAGUCGACCUUACCGACAAUUCUAAAUAUAACUUCAGCAGCACUUUUGUCUAGAUGUUGA